AUGGUCCCUUCAAUCCGGCUUCCACUUCGCCAAGUCGGCAAAAAUGGCGCCUUUGCUACGCAAAUUGGCUCUGGGGCAAUGGGAAUGAGCGUGGCCUAUGAUACUGUUUUGGUUCUCGAUCGUGCCUGGGAGCUUGGCUGCACGAAUUGGGACACUGCUGCUCUCUACGGCGACUCAGAAGAACGGCAUCCUGAGCGCCGUGCCGACAUUUUCCUUGCAACAAAAUUUGGUUUCAAGAAGACCGAUGCUGGGAUCAUAGUUGAUGCAUCCCCGGAACAUUGCUUGGAAUCAGCAGAGCAGAGCCUCAGGCGCCUCAACGUCACUUGCAUCGACUUAUUCUACAUGCAUCGCACAAAUGGAGAGGUUCCUAUAGAGAAAACAGUUGGAGCAAUGAAAAAGCUGCAAGAUGAGGGUAAAGUCAAGUAUCUCGGUCUCUCUGAAGUCUCCUCGAAUACUCUCCGGCGUGCCUAUGCAGUCACUUCUAUAUCAGCUGUCCAACUUGGCGUCGCUGUAUUUGCUUACUCGCCGCUCGGCCGUGGCCUCUUGACUGGCCGUUUCCGAUCAAUCGACGACUUUGACGAGAAUGAUUCGAGAAGAAGGUAUGAUCGUUUUCAAGGUGACAACUUCUCUAAGAAUCUCCAACUUGUGGACAAGUUCGACGAAUUAGCAAAAACAAAGGGUUGUACACCUGCACAACUUGUCCUUGCGUGGCUCUUAGCCCAAUACGAAGCUCUUUUCUAUCUGGAACAAAAUGUUGGAGCAGAUGAUGUCAAACUGUCAGGAGAUGAAGAAAAGGCGAUUAGGAGCUUGGUUGAAGAAGCAGGCGUCCAUGGGGGUCGAAAUCCGUUCGCCGGAUCCUUCCACGAUACUGUGCCACUAGAAUGA